GAAUCUUCAUCAUCAUCAUCAUCAUCACCAUCAUCAUCAUCAGAAUCACCCCUCUCCGGUGUGACGUCACGCGCCUCCUCGCAGGAAGAGCGAGACGCUCGUGCAUGUGGAUGCGUGAACGCGCGGAGAGGCGGACGACCUCAGUCGCGAACGAGCCAGAAGAAGAGAAACUUGAUCGCCACUUUGGACCGGAGCCGCCAACUCCACAACAAGGAUCAAGAACACGAAAAGCGAAGAAGAAGAAGAAGAAGAAGAAGAAGAUGGACGCUUUAACUUUGUUGCUCUUGUUCGGUCUGCACAUGACAGCCGCCCUCAGAGCGUGUCUGUCUGGACGAGGUCCGGACUGCAAUCUGGUCCAGUCCAAAGAAGACGAAUUGGACUGGGAGCAAGGACCUCCGCCCCAAGACGAAUCGUCCGGCGCCGACGCCUGGAUGCCGGCAGGCUCCUCCCCCUUCCUGUACGUGAACACGACGGGUCGCGGCGCCGGUCAACGUGCUCGUCUGCUGAUGGCGCCGCUCAAAGAGAACGACACGCACUGCGUCAGCUUCCUGUUCUAUCGAGACGCCGCGCUCAACAUCUACGUCAAAGAGAACGACGGUCCGCUGGGCCUUCCCGUCCUCGACUUGUCCGGACCCGAGCAGCGCACGUGGAAUCCGCUGGAUCUGGCCGUGUCCACGUUCUGGCCAAAUCUCUACCAGGUGGCGUUUGAGGCGGUCAGCAAUGGCCACGGAGGGGGCGUGGCCAUCAAGGACCUCUCACUGCAGGGACACCUGUGCACGAGCGCGCCUCACUUCCUCCACAUCAAAGGCGUGGAGGUGAACGCGGGGCAGGCGGCCAUUUUUGCGUGCACGGUGAGCGGUCGCCCUCGCAGCAACGUGCGCCUCUUCCUGCAGGGCGCGAGCGGUCGUCGGGCGAUUGCCACGGACACCAAGCCGUUCAACUCGCGGCGUUACGUGGCGACCUUCCACGUGGACAAUACCACCAAAGAAGACUCGGGACGUUACCGCUGCGUCGGCCAAUCGGAGCACGGAGUGGGCGUGUCCUCCUACGCCGAGCUCACCGUCAAACAGCCCCCCGUGCCCAUCGCCCCCCCCCAGCUGACAGCGGUGGGCGCCACCUACUUGUGGAUCCAGCUCAACGCCAACUCCAUCAACGGAGACGGUCCCAUCGUGGAGCGCGAGGUGGAGUACCGCACCACGUCGGGGAUGCUGAUCGACACGACGCCGGUGGACAAGGCCAACCAUAAGAUCGGCCACCUGGACCCCGACACCGAGUACCACGUCAGCGUCUUGCUCACCAGGCCCCUGGAAGGGGGCACGGGAAAACCCGGGCCGCCGCUGCGCGCCCGCACCAAAUGUGCAGAGCCGCUGCACGGUCCUCGUGGCCUGCAGGUGGCGUCUGUGCACUCCAAAGAGGUGACGCUGCAUUGGGACCCUCUAGGCUACGGCGUCACGCGUUGCCACAGCUACAACGUGACGCUGCAGUACUGCUACCGGCCCGCGGGGGCGGCAGAGGACGAAGAGCGACAGGAAGCGGCGUAUGAGGCGCGGGGCGCCACCCCGCAGCACACCCUGCGCGGCCUCACGCCGUUCACCAACGUUAGCAUCAAGCUCAUCCUCAGCAACCCCGAAGGACGCAAAGAGAGCGACGAGAUUGUGGUGCUGACGGACGAGGACGUUCCCGGAGCAGUUCCACUGGCGUCCAUCAGAGGCAGCGGCUACGAGCAGCACAUCCGAGUCAACUGGUCGCCGCCGCUGCAAACGUUCGGACGGAUCCGCCACUACGAGGUCUCCUUCAAAGCCCUCAGCUCCUUCGACUCCGACGUGGACCUGACCAAUCAGAGCGGGAAGGCGCUGAAGGCGGCCAACGAGACCAGUCACGUGUUCAGCGGCCUGUUCCCGGGCUCCACUUACUCCUUCACAAUAAGAGCGGCCACCGCCAAAGGCUUCGGGCCGCCGGCCGCUGCGCAGUUCACCACCAAGAUCUCGGCUCCCGUCAUGCCGACGUACGAGCGGCAGCCGCCGAUCAAUCAGAGCGACGCCACCGUCAGCGUCCUGCUACGACCGGCGCGCGGCCGCGGAGCCCCUGUCAGCAAAUACCAGGUGGUGGUGGAGGAGGAGCGCCCCCGCAGGCAGACUCGGGGCACUGCCGAAAUCUUACGCUGCUAUCCGGUCCCCGUCCACUUCCUGAACGCCACGCAGCUCAACUCUCAAUACUACUUUAGCGCCGAGCUAGCCGUUAGCCACAUCAGCAAACCUACUCCAUUUUGCGUGGGUGAUAACGGCACAUAUGGAGGAUUCUGGAACGUUCCUCUUCUGCCUCACAAGAGUUACGCCAUCUACUACCAGGCAGUCAGCAGCGCUAAUGGGGAGACAAAGAUUGACUGUGUCCGUGUUGCCACUAAAGCCGCUAUCAUCAGCACUCAGCUCAGCACCCCGCACGCCGCCCUUGGCUUCGGCCUCCGAGGCCCCGCCGCCGGCGACAAGCAGCUCGCAGGCGCAGUCACCAGGAAACCGGAACCGGAUCAGGAGAAACGAUCGGACCACACGGUGAAGAUCGCCGGCGCCGUGGCCGGCGUCUUGCUCUUUGUCAUCAUCUUCCUCGGGCUGGCACUCCUCAUGAAAAAACGGAAGUUGGCAAAGAAGCGGAAGGAAACGCUGAACUCCAGACAGGAAAUGACUCUCAUGGGCAACAAUUCCCAGCACGCAACGACGGUGGACGCGCCGACGCUCAACGGACGCACGGCCGCCGCGUCGUCCUUCACCUUGAAGACGAACUGCAGCACCGUUCCAAAGUCCUACUUUGCAGACGCGUCGGUGCCGACCGCCAUUUUGGACGAGCUGAGCAGCGAGACCAGCAGCCUUGUCCAGAACCACGUGAAGCAGCGCGAGGCGGACCGCGAGCCCCCCCCCUACCACCCGGACCCGGCCCGGCUGCACCCCGCCGUGCGCGUGGCCGACCUGCUCCAGCACAUCACGCAGAUGAAGUGCGCCGAAGGGUACGGCUUCAAGGAGGAGUACGAGAGUUUCUUCGAGGGUCAGUCGGCACCUUGGGACUCGGCCAAAAAGGACGAGAACCGCAUGAAAAAUCGCUACGGAAACAUCAUCGCCUACGACCAUUCUCGCGUGCGGCUGCAGCCUCAAGACGGAGAAAAGGGAUCCGACUACAUCAACGCAAACUACGUUGACGGUUACCGCCGGCCCAACAACUACAUCGCCACGCAAGGUCCCAUGCAGGAGACCGUGUACGACUUCUGGCGAAUGGUGUGGCAGGAGAACACGGCUGCCAUCGUCAUGGUGACCAACCUGGUGGAGGUGGGGCGGGUGAAGUGUUGCAAGUACUGGCCCGACGACAGCGACAUCUUCGGCGACAUUUCUGUGACGCUGAUGGAAACGCAGCUGCUGUCUGAAUACGUCAUCCGAACCUUCGCCGUGGAGAAGAGGGGCGUGGCCGAGAUCCGGGAGAUCCGGCAGUUCCACUUCACGGGCUGGCCCGACCACGGCGUCCCGCUUCACGCCACCGGACUGCUGGGCUUCAUACGCCGCGUCAAGGCCAAAACGCCGCCCGCCGCCGGGCCCACCGUGGUCCACUGCAGCGCCGGAGCGGGUCGCACGGGCUGCUUCAUGGUCAUCGACAUCAUGCUGGACAUGGCGGAGCGCGAGGGCGUGGUCGACAUCUACAACUGCGUCCGGGAGCUGCGAGCGCGACGCGUCAACAUGGUCCAGACCGAGGAGCAGUACGUCUUCAUCCACGACGCCAUCUUGGAGGCGUGCCUCUGCGGCGACACGUCCGUCCCGGCCCCUCAGCUGCGUUCCGUCUACUGCGACAUGAACCGACUGGACCCUCAGACCAACUCCAGUCCCGUCAAGGAGGAGUUCCGGACGCUGAACAUGGUCACGCCGACGUUGCGCGUGGAGGACUGCAGCAUCGCGCUGCUGCCGCGCAACCACGACAAGAACCGCUGCAUGGACGUCCUCCCGCACCGCUGCCUGCCCUUCCUCAUCACCAUGGACGGGGAGAGCUCCAACUACAUCAACGCCGCCCUCAUGGACAGCUACAAGCAACCGUCGGCCUUCAUCGUCACCCAGCAUCCUUUGCCCAAUACCGUAAAGGACUUCUGGCGUCUGGUCCUGGACUACCACUGCACCGCCGUCGUCAUGCUCAACGACGUGGACCCCGCGCAGCUGUGUCCUCAGUACUGGCCCGAGAACGGCGUCCACCGUUUGGGCUCGCUGCAGGUGGAGUUCGUGUCGGCCGACCUGGAGGAGGACGUCAUCAGCCGCAUCUUCAGACUCUACAACAACGCCCGGCCCCAGGACGGUUACCGCAUGGUCCAACAGUUCCAGUUCUUGGGCUGGCCCCGGUACAGAGACACGCCUGUAAACAAGCGCUCCUUCCUUAAACUGCUUCACCUGGUGGACAAAUGGCAGAACGACUACGACGGCGGCGACGGACGCACGCUGGUACACUGCCUGAAUGGCGGGGGCCGCAGUGGUGUGUUCUGCAGCGUGAACAUUGUGUGCGACACGCUACGGCAACAGCGUUGCGUCGAUGUUUUCCAUGCGGUGAAAACGCUGAGAAACAACAAACCCAACAUGGUUGACCUUCUGGAACAAUACAAGUUUUGUUAUGAAGUCGCUCUGGAGUAUUUGGCGUCGGCGUAGAGGACGAGGCGGUUCGGUCCUCUUCACGGGCAGGCAACACCGCCGCCGGGCCCGAAACGACGAGGCCGACGACUCGCGACGGAUGAAGCGGACGACGUGUUUUUGCGCCGUCUCGCUCGACGGACCAAAAACACUCGAGUACGCGUACAUCACAUACCACGUGUGUCGUUUGCAUUGUCACACUUGAGUGGGCCGUCCUUUCAAAGACUUCCAAAAAGUUGUGUGCGACUUCCUGUUUGUCACACGAUGAGGAAGAUGAUGGCAAAAGGGUCACUUUCAUCUCAUUUAUACACACACAAUAUUUUUUCUCAUUGCAAGAACUUGAACACUUUGUGUGUGUAAAAGGGGGAGAGAGAGAGAGAGAGAGAGAGAGAGAGAAAAAACGAGAAAUGAGAGCACAGAGUCGUAAGCUCAUUUAGAAAUACCAAAAGUGGUCCACGUGCGAAUGACGCGCAGUUUUGAUAUCGAAUUUGGCGCGAUUGUGUGUAAGUGCGAGUUGUGACGUUUGAUAUUUUGUACAUAGAAGUGCCACAAAUACAAACACUAUUUAUUCUCCUUGUUGUCCUUCGGAAGCAUGCAGAACUGUCUGGUGCUGAUGAUAAAUGUAUUUAUUGAAAAGUUGUACUUGUGUUGUUAUGUCGACAUCUUCCACAAAUAAAGCAGUCUGUUCAAUCGUU